ACAAAACAAUGGAAAACGAAAGAUAAAAAAGAUCCAUGCGAGUUUCUACGAGAAACCGCGAGCUGAUAGCAGACGAGCUUUCAAGAUGUCGGCUACCACUGACAAAAAGCUUGUUGAAGGCUUAGAACAUUUACGUCUAGCCGACAAAUGCAUGAAGACAUCUCUCUUCAAAUGGAAACCUGACUUGGAUGGAGCUGCUGCUGAAUUUGCAAAAGCAGGCACAGCCUUCAAGAAUGCCAAAGCAUAUGACCAAGCAAUAGAAUCCUAUGUGAAGGCAGCAGAAGCACAGAAAGCCAUGAAUUCACCUUUCCAUUCAGCCAAAUCAUAUGAGCAGGCUGGAUUGCUGUGCAAGGAAAAUAAGGCUUAUGAUCAAGCAGUAGAUUUCAUGGAGCUAGCAGCAUACAUGUUCCAAGAACAUGGAACCCCUGACACUGCAGCUCUUACACUGGAAAAAGCUGCAAAGAUGGUGGAACAAACACAUCCUAGUAAGGCAAUACAUCUUUACAAAAAGGCAUGCGAGGUUGCUGAGUGUGAGGACAGACCGAUGCAAUCAGGGGAGGCUAUUGGGAAAGCAGCAAGGCUUCUGGUGAAAGAAAACAGGUUUGAUGAGGCUCUAGAGUGUCUGAAGAAGGAGAUAAACUUCUACUUGGAAGUGGAGUCAUAUGCUCAUGUACGCAAAGUUGUCCUGGGAAUUAUUCUUAUUCAUCUUCAUCAGGAAGAUUAUGUUGCAGCUGACCAGUUCUUCAGAACUGCUUUGAGUUACCCUGAAUUUGGUACCAGUGAAGAGGCUGGGGCUGUACAAGAUUUGUUGAGAGCAUAUGAUGAUGGCGAUGAUGAAUCAGCGCGGUCUACACUGUCUUUACCCAUCUUUAAAUAUAUGGAUAAUGCUUUUGCCAAACUGGCCCGUGAUAUGAAGGUACCUGGAGGCAUAGUGAGGUCUAAAUCACCUGAGGGAGGAACCAGUGGUAGUUUAGGAACAGCAGAUGAGGAGGAAAAGUACCCUGGUGGACUGUGCUAAAAUUCCACUUGUGAGAAAAUCGACAGUUCUGUGUGCAAUCAUACGUUUUCUCUUGGUACAUAGCUACUUAGAUGUUAGCAUCUUUGAGUGAUCUUUGAAACUAAAAUAUUAUGUCAUUGUCGAUGUUUAGUCAUGAGGAGUAGGGGGUGGGAGAAUAUAAAACAUGGGUCAAAAAACUUUAUAAACUUAUAGUUUUCGUAUUAAAUUUUUUUUUUUUGGAGGCAAGGUAGAGGGUUUGCAAGAGUAGUGUCUUGCAGAUUGAUAUGCAGUAGGUAUUUUGAGGAGUUUAAUUAAUUGAGAAAUGAGUUGUGAUUACCUUAUUUGUGAUAAACUUUAAAAUGAUAUUUUUAUGGCAGUGGUUGUAACAUAUAAGAAUUCAGCAUCUUAUUACAAAGUAACCUCCUGCUGGUUUUUAGGUGUCCGUAUAAUGAAUGAUUUUUGUGUUAGGAGUAGAUGCUCAUAGCUACUAAACAGCUUAGUAGAUUACAUACUAGUUCUUUAUGCUCUUAUCCUUUUGUGUGAAAGAACUGUUCUUAAAGUAUUGAACAGAAUAAACUGCAGUUCGCCUCAUUUUUACUUUUGCAAAUUUAUUUAAAAAACCGAAAAUGGAUCAAUACUUAGACUAACCAAAGUGAAUUUUCGGAUGACUCACUUCAAGACUUUUUUGUUUAUUGUUUGGUCAUCAAGUUUAUGUGAGUGGUUUCUCAGCAGUGGUGACAUUAGUCUGAGGCAUCAAGAAGGCCCUGAGAUUCAUGUUUUUUUGGUCGUCGAUUGUUCUUGACAUUUACAGUGAAUGGUUUGAAUGCAUAGAAUGUUGGGUACAAUGAUGUAUAGUCCAAUUUUGUGUUUAUCUUGAUUCCAGAAUUAAUUAAAUGUCAUGUGCUAAGAUUUGUAUUGUUCUUUUUCUAUUAUUGUAUCUGUCAAGGGUUCAUUGUAUGUACAUGAUGUGAACUCUGAACCUGUUUAUAAACUGCAUAGGACUCUUGAUGAUGAGACCAUGUAUAAUUUAUUAUUUGGCGUAUCUGAAAUACCAUCAGAUGUUACUUCUUGUACUGAAUUAUUUGUACAAUAAAGUGUUUUUAUUCCUAUCUUAAUAUGCAUUUCCAAUCUUUCAUAUUUCUCAUAUUUUUAGCUGAUUAUGAACAUAUACAUGUCAAAAUGUUUUUUAAUACUCUAAAUUUUCUAAACCUAAUUGUUGUCAUGAGACUUGUUUGUGGUUUCAAGUAGUGAUUAGGAAUUGGGAGUUCAAGGAUUGCGCCAGUACUGUUAUCAGGAAGAGUCAUGUUUGUUUGAUGUUUUCACUGGAGAUUGGAGAGAGUAGCAUAAAGUCAGCAUGUAUUUAUACAUACUUUUCUUAUACCUCUGUUUUAUAGAUACAUUAUCAGGAUUUCUAGAGCCAUGCCAAGACGUGUUUGUGCAUUCACAAAAUUCCACUGAUUAUUGGUUAGUAGAGAUAGCAUUGGUCAAACAUUUUUACGUUUCUUUUUAUUAAGGUUUUUUUUAACCAUAUGGAAAAAAGACCACACACACAUUGACAGCAAACAUCAGUCUUUAUGCAAUAUACAGAUACAUAGUAUAUUAUGAACAGUAAUUUAUAUUCUGUUGUGUUGUGAAAGAAAUUGUUUUGAAGUUUCAUUGUCAAGGCAUAGGCACUCAUUUACAAAAAAAAAAUCUCAGUAAGCUCAUAACAGAUAGUAGAGGACCAACUUAUGAAAUAGAAAAUAGUUGUGUUCAGGUGCUUUGACUGAAGUAUGCUGCUAUCUUCAUGGCAUGACAACUGCUAACAAUACCUAGUGCAACAGCAUGGCAAUGCAAGGUGUUUAGACCAGCUACUUGCAUAUGUGGUGACUGGAAAAGUACACAGAAGCUUGUCUAUUUUUUUCUCCUUUUCUUUAAUUAUGGGUAUUUUGAAUGUUGUGGGUAUAUUUUCUGACGUUCAUAUAUGUAUAUUUUCAUUCAUCUUGUUUAGUAUCAUUGAUAUUUUAGCAUCAGCAAACCUUUAGUAGCCUUGAUUUAUAUAACAACCAACAUUUCUUGGAAUUUGUACCCUAAUCUUGAAGUUAUGCUUUUACUUUUUUCCUUUUGUUGGUCCACUGUCGGAUAUAGGAGGCAUGCUUCCUGAAGAUUUCCGUUUUUAAAAAGGCUGGCAAGAAAAGACUUUAGUACAUUUUGAUCAACCAGGGAGGUUACAUUGUGUCCAUUUCAGUUAUAUAUUACAAUAUAACUAGAUAUGUUGCUCAUAAACAUACAUUAUGUUGCCAGUUUUAUUCUUAUAUUCUGCUGUAAUGUUUGGUCCUUCAGCAAUUCUUUAGGAACAAAAAUAUAAGAAAAAAAGUAGAGUUGCACUGUUGUGUGGAUGUGUGUACGUGUGCAUGGCUGCUUGUAGAAAUGGCUUGGAUAAAUAUAAUGUUCUGCUUCUA